GAAUACAGUGACCCGCUUGCUGCCUCACUGUCACAUCUGCUCCUGCAACGCCCUCUACUGCUCAUCCUGUGUCUCCUUGACCUGCCGCCACUCCCCCGUACUCUCUCCCUCUCCCUCUCUCUCUCUCUCUCUCUGUGGGUGAUUGUGUGGGUGGAGACAGGUGUGCUGGAGUCAGAGCAGAUCCCCACCAGCUGCAACAUGUUCCAUAAUCAAGACCUCUACAAAUACUCAGUCCUGCCACUUCCACACUGCCAGAUCGUAAACUCUGCUCAGUCAGUCUACGGUUCUAGCCGUUUGUUACUAUUCAGAUCCUGUUUUCCUUGCCUGACGCUGCUUUCCUCUCCGCUACAGUUCUGCCCGCUCCGACUCUGGUCCCUGUCUCCAGUCCUACGUCUCGUCAUCCUGCUACUCUGUCCUGGAUUCCCCACUCUACUACUCCCUUGGAUUCCCCUCCAGACCUGCUCACCUGUCUCAACCCCCCUCGCUCCAGCCUCAGCCUCCUCACCUGGUUUCCAGCAGUUUCCCCUGACCUGCACUCCAUCUUCCCCCUGUGUUUCAAUAAAUACCUUGGUUACUUCAUCCCAGUCUCCACGUCUGAGUCUGCUCUUGGGUUCCCCUGUUCCACUCCGCGUAACAGUACAAUCUGGCCGUGUAGAGAUGAACCCAGCAGACACUGCUACUCUCCACCAAACCCUCGUCCGCCAAGGCGCCCUGCUCGAGCAACAUGACCAAGCCCUGAAGACCCUUCUGGAGCACAUCAAGGAAUUUUCACAGAGCCUGUCUGACCUACAGGACCGACCCUUCGCCCAGAGCUCACAACCAGUUCCAAGUCCUUCUCCCCCAGCUCUGGGAGCCGUUUGUUUCCGACUCCCGAGCGUUACGAUGGCAACUUCGGAGCUUGCAGAGCCUUUUUGGUACAAUGUUCACUAGUAUUUGAGCAACAGCCCUACUCUUAUGCUAGCGAACGGGCCAAGAUUUCCUUUCUGAUUGGCUGCCUCCGUGGAGCAGUGCGGUGUGGGAGAGACAGUCCCCCAUCUGCUUCUCCUACUCCAGAUUCCCGGAGGAGAUGAAGAAAUUCUUCAACCACCCGGUCUGCGGUAAGGAUGCCACUAAACGACUCCUGUCCCUCCGUCAUAGUGUUGCUGAGAUGACAUGUGAGUUCCGCACCCUCGCCGCUGAGAGCAGCUGGAAUGAGGAGAACCUUCAGGGAGCAUUCCGGAACGCACUCACUGAGACCCUCAAGGACGAGUUGGUGUCCAGGGAUGAGCCUGAUGGACUUGAUGAACUCAUCUCUCUCACUAUCCGCAUCGACAACCGUCUCCGUGAGCGUCGGAGGGAGAGGGUAGGUAGGGUUGCAUGUCCCAUUACAUCUGCUUCAGUGCCUUGUCCUCCUUCUCCAACUGCAUCCCAUCCUCAGGCUCGUCCAGAUCCUGAACCCAUGCAGCUCGGCCGGGCCUGUCUCUCUCCAGAGGAGUGGCAACGACGAAUCGGCGCUAGGAGCUGCCUAUACUGUGGCCAGGUUGGUCACAUUGUCUCCACUUGUUCUCUGCGUCCAGCAAAAGAGGGGGCUCGGCAGCAGUGGAGGAUAUACUGUUGAGCCAAAUCGCCUGCCCAUCUUCCCCCAGACCCCUGCUUGAAGGCAACCUUGUGUGGCAGAGCCAGGCUUUUCCUCUGUCUGCUCUCAUCGAUUCGGGCACCGACGAGAGCUUCCUGGACCGAGGUGUCGUUACACAGUUGGGCCUGGACACUGUCCCACUCGAUUCACCCCUCGAUGCCAACGCUCUCAAUGGACAGCUUCUCACCCGUGUCUGUGAGAGAACCGUCCCUGUAAUUCUGCGUCUCUCUGGAAAUCACCAGGAAAAGAUCAGUUUCCACAUAAUCGACUGUCCUUACUCUCCCCUGGUUCUUGGCCAUCCAUGGUUAAAGCUACACAACCCACAGAUUGACUGGACCGCCGGAAAGGUAAUCACUUGGAGUUCAUUUUGUCACUCUAAUUGUUUACAUUCUGUCCUUCCCCCUGCCUUGUCUGUGCCCUAGUUCAUUCCAGAACCUCCUGACCUGUCAUCAGUUCCUCCCAAGUAUCACGAUCUAGCUCCUGUGUUCAGCAAGCACCACGCCCUCUCGCUGCCGCCUCAUCGGUCGUACGACUGCGCCUUUGACCUCCAGCCUGGAGCUCCUCUCCCCAGUAGCUGGUUGUUUAACCUUUCUCGUCCCGAGAAAGAGGCUAUGGAGAGGUACAUCCAGGAUUCUCUGGCUGCAGGAUUUAUCAAGCCAUCUUCCUCCCCGGUGGGUGCUGGGUUUUUAUUUGUGAAGAAGAAGGAUGGGUCACUGAGGCCGUGCAUAGACUUCCGUGGUCUGAAUAAUAUCACUGUUAAGAACAAGUACUCCUUGCCACUCAUCAGCUCUGCUUUUGUCCCCCUCCGUGGUGCCACGGUGUUUACCAAACUCGACCUCCGGAAUGCCUACCACCUUGUCCGCAUAAGAGAGGGAGACGAGUGGAAGACUGCGUUCAACACACCACUUGUUCACUUUGAGUAUUUGGUCAUGCCUUUUGGUCUUACUAACGCCCCUGCUGAUUUCCAGAACCUAGUCAAUGACAUGCUGAGGCAUGUGAUUGGACGCUUCGUUUUUGUCUAUUUAGAUGACAUCCUGAUUUUUUUCCAAGGACCCUGAGGCUCACCAGCAACAGGUUCGCCAAGUUCUUCAACGGCUGUUGGAGAAUAAGCUUUUUGUUAAAGCUGAAAAAUGUGAGUUCCAUGCUGCCACAAGGUCUUUCCUGGGUUAUAUUAUUGCACAGGGACAGUUACGUAUGGACCCCGCCAAGGUCAUGAGAGUCACAGAGUGGCCUGAGCCCUCCAACCUGAAGCAGCGACAGCGUUUCCUGGGGUUUGAACAUUUUUACAGACGUUUCAUCCGCAACUACAGCCGUCUGGCAGCACCUCUCACCUCCACCUCCACUCCGUUCCACUGGACUCCUGAGGCAGAGGUAGCAUUCCUGGAACUAAAACGUCACUUCACCUCCGCUCCGGUCCUUACUCAGCCCGACCCAGAACUCCAGUUCAUCGUGGAGGUGGACGCCUCUGACACCAGGGUAGGUGCUGUUCUGUCUCAACGUUCCCCCUCUGAUCAGAAGGGCCACCCAUGUGCAUUCUUUUCCCGUAAGCUCUCACCGGCAGAGAGGAAUAUUUACAUUGGAAACCGGGAACUCCUGGCAGUUAAGCUGGCUCUGGAGUUAUGGCCUCACUGGCUGGAGGGCUCUGUAACCCCCUUCAUCGUGUGGACUGACCAUAAAAACCUGUCCUACAUCCAGACCACCAAACGUCUGAACUUCCGGCAAGCCAGGUGGGCCUUGUCCUUUGGUAGAUUCAAUUUCACACUCACUUAUCGCCCCGGUUCGAAGAAUACCAAGCCUGAUGCCCUCUCUUGCCAGUUCACCACCGACAACAUGGGAACCGAGCCAGAAGCCAUUGUGCCAUCCACCUGCAUCGUUGCCGCCAUCACCUGUGAGAUUGAGUCCCGUAUCCGCCAGGCUCAGCAGAACCAGCCUGAUCUGGAUAACGGUCCUAGUAAUGCUCUGUUUGUCCCAGAUUGUGUUCGCUCUGAUGUUCUUCAGUGGGGCCAUUCUACCCACCUCACCUGUCACCCUGGUAUGAACUGGACCCUCGCAUUCCUGCGUCAGCGCUUUUGGUGGCGAGAGAUGUCCGGGAGUUUGUCUCCGCCUGUUCGGUUUGUGGCCGGAACAAAACCUCCACUAAACCCACUUCCGGUCUGCUCCGCCCUCUUCCCAUACCCAGUCGCCCCUGGUCACACAUAGCUCUGGACUUCGUCACUGGCCUUCAUCCAUCUAACGGUAACUCCGUCAUCCUCACCAUUAUUGACAGGUUUUCCAAAAUGGCUCACUUCAUUCCCCUCUCCAAGCUCCCAUCCUCCAGGGAGACUGCGGACCUGUUAGUAUCCCAUAUGUUUUGUCUGCAUGACAUCCCCUCUGACAUCAUUUCCGACAGAGGACCCCAGUUUACCUCCCAGGUAUGGAGAUCCCUCUGUCCAGCUCUUGGUAUCAAUGUCAGUCUUUCUUCUGGAUAUCACACCCAGACCAACGGCCAGACCCAACGGGCCAACCAAGAGAUGGAGACUGCCCAUGAGUUCUGCUAACCCUUCCUCCUGGAGCACUCAGCUACCCUGGGUUGAAUAUGCCCACAACACCCUCACCAACGCCUCGUCAGGUAUGUCACCCUUCGAGUGUGCUCUGGGUUCCCUCUGUCCAGGACCAUCUGCGCCGUUGUCACCGUACCAGGAGGAAGGACCGGGCUGCCCUUCUUCGUGCCUCCGACAGGACCCAGUCCCAAGCCAACCAUCGCCGGGCCUCAGCUCCAGUCUACACCCUGGGUCAAAAGGUAUGGCUCUCAUCGAAGGACCUGCCAUUGAAGGUGGCAUCGAAGAAACUUUCCCCCCGAUUCUUUGGUACCCUUUGAAAUUGACCGUGUCAUUAACCCCUCUGCGGUGCACCUGAAACUCCCAGCCUCUCUCAGGAUCCAUCCUACCUUCCACGUCUCCCUGAUUAAACCUGUCUGCUCCAGUCCCCGGUCUCCUCCUGCAGCAGGUCGUCCACCCUUCAGCUCAUCGAUGACCAUCCUGCCUAUACAGUCCGGCGGCUUCUGGAUGUGCGCCAUCAUGGCUGGCAGUACCUGGUGGACUGGGAGGGAUACGGGCCUGAGGAGCGCUGCUGGGUGCCCCGCCGUCACAUUCUGGACCCCUCCCUCUUACGGGAUUUCUAUAUCUCACACCCAGAUAAGCCUGUGGUCGGAGAGAGAGGGAGGGGGGGUACUGUCACAUCUGCUCCUGCAACGCCCUCUACUGCUCAUCCUGUGUCUCCUUGACCUGCCGCCAUUCCCCCAGUACUCGCUCCCUCUCCCUCUCUCUCUGUCUGUGUGUGUGUGUGGGUGGGUGGAGACAGGUGUGCUGGAGUCAGAGCAGAUCCCCACCAGCUGCAACAUGUUCCAUAAUCAAGACCUCUACAAAUACUCAGUCCUGCCACUUCCACACUGCCAGAUCGUAAUCUCUGCUCAGUCAGUCUACGGUUCUAGCCGUUUGUUACUAUUCAGAUCCUGUUUUCCUUGCCUGACGCUGCUUUCCUCUCCGCUACAGUUCUGCCCGCUCCGACUCUGGUCCCUGUCUCCAGUCCCACGUCUCGUCAUCCUGCUACUCUGUCCUGGAUUCCCCACUCUACUACUCCCUUGGAUUCCCCUCCAGACCUGCUCACCUGUCUCAACCCCCCUCGCUCCAGCCUCAGCCUCCGCACCUGUUUCCAGCAGUUUCCACUGACAUGCACGCCAUCUUCCCCCUGUGUUUCAAUAAAUACCUUGGUUACUUCAUCCCAGUCUCCUCGUCUGAGUCUGCUCUUGGGUUCCCCUGUUCCACUCCGCGUAACACACACUCUUCUCUCUGCAAGCAAAAGUUGAGUUCUUAG